GUCGGGGUGCUUUGAAUGGGAUUUUCCGGCUUUUUGGCCGAAUGGGGUUGGACUGGAUGGCCCACAAGGUCUCUUCCAACUCUGAUUCUACGAUUCAAAAGCAGGCUGCCUUGGAGUCGCAGCUCGACCUCUGGGUGUGGGCGGUCCCAAUGCGGGAGCCCCCUGGCGGGAGUGGGCGGGCGCCGCUCUGGGAGCGCAGGUGGAAGCGCAAGGAAGAGCGGCCUCCCUCAGGAGAGCCCCGCCUCAGGUGGCGGCAGGGCUGGCUGGGUUUGCCUUCCACGGGGUAGGAGGCUCGCUUUCUUGUGGGUAGAAGGCGGUGUCCCCUCGCGGGGGGACUCUGUCGAUUGGACCCACAGGCACGACGCCCUCCCUAUCCUCCCGGCCAUAGGUUUUGCUUCUGAGCUGGCUUUCCAUUCUCUGGGCGCGGUCCGGAACUCCCCUCAGCCUGAAAGAAGAAGUCGUAUUUCAGUUGCAAAUGGACCUGGCCAGCGAGAAGCUAAGGAAGGAGCUCGAGGAGGAGUUGAAACUUGGCACCGAGCAGCUGCGCAGCCAUGCAUGGUACCAUGGCUGCCUGCCACGUCGGGUAAUAAGCCCAAAGAGGCAGAAUCCCUGCUGCAGGAUGACGGUGACUUCCUCAUCCGAGAUUCCCGUUCCAGCCAAGGUGACUAUGUCCUGUCGUGCUUCCGAAGUGGUCAAGUCCUGCACUUCAAGAUCAUCCGUGUUGUGCUCCGCCCCCGAAAAGGCUAUUCCCGCACCCUCUUUCAGUUUGAGCAGGAGCAGUUCGACAAUGUGCCUGCUCUAGUGCGCUUCUAUGUUGGCAACCGGAAGCCCAUCUCAGAUGUCUCAGGAGCUGUGGUGUCCCAUCCAGUCAAUAGAAACGUACCUCUUCGGUGUAUCAAGGAGCGCUACAGUGACACUGGCCAGCCCCCUGGACCAACUAAGAAAGAUGAGGCACACUUGCGACGGCUUAGCUUUCGUGCUGCCCCAGUUGGGGAUGAAACAGGAGAAGGAAACUUAAUCCGAAUGAAAGAUCGAAGUGGAAGUGACCCCAGUAGCCUAGACCAGCUCGGACAGAGACCUUCCUUGCAGAGUGCCCAGUCGGACAGCAAUUUACUGUCAGGCAGCCCGGAAGCUUUAUCUGGGACUCAGGACCGAAGCCAGCUCCCGCCCUUAUCUCCUGCAUUCCGCACCGGAAGUGACCCUGUCCUGCGGGCAAAUGCUUCAUUGCCUCACCUGUUGGGUGGCCCAGCAUUGAGUGGCUCUGAAGGGCGACUCCACUCCAAGGCUCCUCCCAAGCCCCUGAGGGCCCCAUCCAUGCUGGUGAGCGACUACUGUGAACUGGUCCCCAGGCCUCCUGAUGGCCCACGAAGCCACGUGGAACGCCUGCGGUUGGAAGAGCGGUGGCAUGGUCGGGCCAACAUCACCGAGACAGCCUUUGGGUUCCUGGACACUGAGGCAACCCCUUCUCCCCUGCCCCACUUGGUGGAGGCUGACGAGGAAUCAGAAUUUGAGAGGCCCCAGAUGAACGGAGCUGCCUCUUUUCAGCCCCAAAACUUCCAUUCGCUCCUUUUGAGUCCUGACAACAAGCCCCUGGAGUCCAGCACUCUGAAGCGCCUCAAGGAGAUCUUUGCCCAGCAUGAUUGCCGCACAACAGCCCUUCAUGUUCUGCAGAUGGACUGCCAGGCUGCCAGAAUCAUUGAGGUAUCCAGGGAGCAGCGACGGGCAAUGGGGGUGAGCUCAGGCCUGGAACUCAUCACUCUGCCUCAGGGGCAUCAGUUACGCCAAGACUUGCUGGAAAGGCACCACACCAUCAUUCUGGGCAUUGCUGUGGACAUCCUCGGUUGCACGGGAGCAGUGGCUGAGCGAGCGGCCACGUUGAGCAAGAUCAUCCAAUUGGCUGUUGAACUCUGGAGGUCAGCUGGAGACCUCUUUGCUUUCUCGGCUGUGAUGAAAGCCUUGCAGCUACCACAGAUCACACGAUUGGAACAAACAUGGAGGCACCUGCGUCAAAGCUACACCCAGAGUGCCAUCAUCUUUGAGAAAGAACUGAAGCCUCUCAUGGGACGCCUGAACCGGGCUGAAGGGAAUUCAGUCUCCUCCCCAAAGGAGGCUGCAGUUCCCCACAUCCUGCCCUUCCUCAGGCUUAUGGAAGGAGAAGAAUUGUGGGAGGACAGUGGAGACACAUGUGAUGUCCUUCUACAAAUGCUGGAAGCUGCCCGCUUCAUUGCUGCCAAUGCCAAUGCUUUUCGAGUCAGUGCUGAGGCUAAACUCCAAGGGUUCCAAGCUACUCCAGAGCUCCUGGAAGCAUUUCAGACAGAAUUCUCCCUUCGUCUAUUCUGGGGCAGCAAAGGAGCUGAGGCAGGCCGGGCUGAGAGACACAGGAAAUUUGAACAGAUCCUGACUGUCCUUUCGCAGAGACUGGACUAAAAAACUCAUGGAAGACUAAUUUAAUUCCUCUGGUACACCAGCUGGGAAUGGAAAAGAGAAACAAAGGGAAGGGCCACCCACUGCCGGAAGAAGGUGCACACUGAGCUGAAACCUCGGAGCAUCCAGGCACUGAAUGGGGUGCUGCCUGCACUUACCAGAGAUACAGACACUUUCUACAAGAGGAAAAAAAAGCCGCCUUUCCUUAGAGCCAGGACAGAAACGAUGGUGCAUUCCCCUGAAAUGUGGUGCCUUGUUUUUGCUAAUACUAGCAGGUUCUGCAAAGGACCUGGUAUACAAUCAGCAAAGGAAUGGGCAGCCCUUGAUUGAUAUGUGGUGUGAAAAGUACCGCUGUCUCUAUCUGCUGCAGAUCAGAACUACGGGCAGAGGCCCAAAUCUGCCUUGGUAGCAAUUGUGACCAUGGAUUGUAAGAGUGGAAAGAAUUACUAAUUUGGAAAAGAAUAGGAUACGUUGCAUCUCUAUUUACAGUCUGUUGUUGCGGUUUCACAUGUCGUCAGUACUGUUUUAUUUUAAAAAGCAAGUUGCUUUGUGACUCUCAGCACCUUAAAGAGUAUGAGGAGAAAAUGGAAUGCACCUUAAAGUGGGGGGCAGAGUUUGGGCUUUCGUUAUCUCCUUUUGUUUUCCAGACAAAACCUCUUAUAAUAAUACCUCUUAGAGCAUUUGCUCAGUCUAGGUUUUGGUACCAGAAAUGGGGUGCACCAUAAAUCUCUAUAAUCCUUCCUUU